UUUUGAUUAAUCAGAAGAAACUCAGUUAAGAAGAAAAUAAAGAAAAAAUGUCUGUUUCUUUAGAAGCGUUGGCCAUGGCAGGAGAAGAUUAUGGAGAUUUUGGCAUAAAUAUGGUGGAAUGGGAACGGGCCCACUUGGAGGAUGUUCCUGCCCAUCUGCUUGCUGAUGAAGAUCAUGAUCAUCAAUAUCACGAUCAGCAAAGAUUAUGUAGUGAUUAUGUUGAUAAUCAUGUAAUUAAUAUUGGUAAUCAUGCUUAUUUUGAAGCAUAUCAGGAUCAAGAUGAUCAUGAUUGUGAAGCAUCAACUGCCCAUGGCCACAUAAGUUUAAGAGGGUUGGUUAUGAUUAUUACUGCUAUAAUUAGGCUAACAAUGCUCAUGAAGUGAAAUAAAUAACACAAAAUAGUUCAACUGAUACAAAGCAGAGUAUAAGUUCUUCUCUUCCA